GUUGGGGGCGGAGGAUCCGGCAUUCCGAUUGGCCUGUGUGUGCCCCGCCCCGCCCGGGAUCCCGGGAGCUGUCCGGACGCCUCGGUGCUGAUCCCGUCGCCGCCCACGGGCCGCGAGCAGCGUCGAGAGGGCACUAUGAGCGGGGGCGUCUACGGCGGAGAUGAAGUGGGGGCGCUGGUCUUUGACAUCGGCUCCUUCUCGGUCCGCGCUGGGUACGCUGGGGAGGACUGUCCCAAGGCAGACUUCCCCACCACAGUGGGGCUGCUGGCCGCGGAGGAGGGAAGCGGGCUGGAGCUGGAGGGGGAGAAGGAGAAGAAAGGGAAGAUCUUCCACAUUGACACCAACGCCCUGCACGUGCCCCGGGACGGAGCAGAGGUCAUGUCACCCCUCAAGAAUGGCAUGAUUGAGGACUGGGAGUGCUUCCGAGCCAUCCUGGACCACACCUACAGCAAACACGUCAAGUCUGAGCCGAACCUGCACCCGGUGCUCAUGUCUGAGGCCCCGUGGAACACACGGGCCAAACGGGAGAAGCUGACAGAGCUGAUGUUCGAACAAUACAACAUCCCCGCCUUCUUCUUAUGCAAGACUGCCGUGCUCACUGCCUUUGCAAAUGGACGCUCCACAGGCCUCGUGCUGGACAGUGGGGCUACCCACACCACGGCCAUCCCAGUGCAUGAUGGCUAUGUCCUCCAGCAAGGCAUCGUCAAGUCACCCCUGGCUGGGGACUUCAUCUCUAUGCAGUGCCGGGAGCUUUUCCAGGAAAUGGCUAUUGAUAUCAUCCCCCCUUACAUGAUCGCUGCCAAGGAGCCUGUACGGGAAGGAGCACCCCCAAACUGGAAGAAGAAGGAGAAGCUACCUCAAGUCUCCAAGUCCUGGCAUAACUACAUGUGCAAUGAGGUGAUCCAGGACUUCCAGGCCUCGGUGCUACAGGUCUCGGACUCCCCCUAUGAUGAGCAGGUGGCUGCGCAAAUGCCCACAGUGCACUACGAGAUGCCCAACGGCUACAACACAGACUAUGGUGCCGAGAGACUCCGAAUCCCUGAGGGCCUAUUCGAUCCCUCCAACGUCAAGGGCCUGUCAGGGAAUACUAUGCUAGGCGUGGGCCACGUGGUUACCACCAGCAUCGGCAUGUGUGACAUCGAUAUUCGGCCGGUGAGGCUUGGCCUUAAGGGGCCCAGGAAUUGUGGGGAGGCAAGGAGGGCUGUGCGUUGCAGGCUCACUUCUCUUCCUUGUUCUCAGGGCUUAUACGGCAGUGUCAUUGUGACCGGUGGGAACACACUGCUGCAAGGCUUCACGGACAGGCUCAACCGAGAGCUUUCCCAGAAGACCCCUCCGAGCAUGCGGCUGAAGCUCAUUGCCAGCAACAGCACCAUGGAGCGCAAGUUCAGCCCCUGGAUAGGGGGCUCCAUCUUGGCAUCAUUGGGCACUUUCCAGCAGAUGUGGAUCUCCAAGCAGGAAUACGAGGAGGGCGGGAAGCAGUGCGUGGAGCGGAAGUGCCCCUAAGCGCGGCCACUCCUCGCACGCGUGUACCUGCGGCUCAGCGCUGACGUCUUGGGGUCGGAGAGGACUGUUCCAGGCCAGGACUCCAAGAGUGCCGAUCUGAGCUCAUCUGGCCUCCCUCCCCGUUCUCACACCGCUCCCUGCUCUGCCCCUCUUGUCCUGAUUGUGAUGUUUCUCAGUUGAAAGAAGUAAAAAUGUUUUAAGGAAAGAAAA